GGGCUAAGAUGGAUCUUGUUCUCAGUGCUGCAGAUUAUUAUUUUUUCACACCAUACGUAUAUCCAGCCACGUGGCCAGAGGAGGACAUCUUCCGACAAACUAUCAGUCUCCUGCUUGUGACAAAUGUUGGUGCUUUCAUCCUUUAUUUCGUCUUUGCGACACUGAGCUAUUAUUUUAUCUUUGAUCAUUCGUUAAUGAAACAUCCACAGUUUUUAAAGAAUCAAGUCUAUCGAGAGAUUAUGUUUACUCUCCAGUCAUUGCCAUGGAUAAGUGUUCCCACUAUUUCAUUAUUCCUGCUAGAGCUGAAAGGGUACAGCAAAUUAUAUGAUGACAUAGGAGAGUUUCCAAAUGGCUGGUUUCACCUCAUUGUUAGUGUACUGUCCUUCCUCUUUUUCACUGACAUGCUGAUCUACUGGAUUCACAGAGGCCUUCAUCAUAGACUUGUUUAUAAGCGCAUACACAAACCUCAUCAUGUCUGGAAGAUUCCUACUCCAUUUGCAAGUCAUGCUUUUCACCCUGUGGAUGGCUUCCUUCAGAGUCUACCUUACCAUAUAUACCCUUUCGUCUUUCCUUUACACAAGGUGGUUUAUUUAGGCUUGUACGUCUUGGUCAAUAUCUGGACAAUUUCCAUUCAUGAUGGUGAUUUUCGUGUCCCCCAAUUCUUAAGGCCAUUUAUUAAUGGCUCAGCUCAUCAUACAGACCACCACAUGUAUUUUGACUAUAACUAUGGACAGUAUUUCACAUUGUGGGAUAGAAUUGGAGGCUCAUUCAAAAAUCCUUCCUCCUUUGAAGGGAAGGGACCACUUAGUUAUGUGAAGAAGAUGACAGAAGAAAAGUGCAAUGGGCAUGCAGGAAAUGGUCGUAAAAAUGAAAAAUUAUCCAAUGGAGAGUUUACAAAGACUGAGUAGAUUAUUGCCCAAUUAUUAAAUAUUUUUAAUAAGGAGAAAUAAUCUAUAUACAACUGAGAGACAUAGCGAGUAAAUGGUAUCAUUUGAAAAUCAGCAUUGUGGGUCCUGCUGAGGAAUGAUCAUAAUGGUAGAUCCAGGGAAGAUGCUGUGAACGCCAGGGUUUUAACCUCAUGCUUAAAAUACUAGGUGUUAGUCUAAGGGACAACUUGUGUCUUUCUAGCCAGCAAAUCUGUAAUUUGUAUAGCCUCAACAACAAUUUUUAGAAAGAAAGAGAAUACAUUAUUGAGGGGACUAGGUUAUGUCCUUUUGCCUUAAUCCACCAUAUUCAUUAAGAAAAAUUCGUUGUGCUUAAUGAUACCAAGACUAAGCACCAUAACAAAGAAAUACUAAUAUAAAGAUGGUUCCUUGUUUCAGGAAUGGUUAAGUCUUCAGUGUUAGUGUGAUUUGUUCAAGUGGAAACAUCAGUGUGAGAAAAAAUUCUGAUGUAUUAGUGGCUAAGUGACCUAAUUAAUAGCAGAUAUAAUAAGAUUAUCAUCUUCCUAUGCAUAGGAAGCUUUUUCUCUGGGGACAUUGUUACAUUUUACUGAUGUUACAUUUUACUGAUGAAUACAUAAAUUGAAAUUUAAAAAAAUAAUUGACAUUCAUUUAUCUGGGAUUAUUCAAGUAAAGAUUUUGAUCGUUAUUAUUUAAAAUGAUUAUUUAAUAAGUAAAAAUAUGUGAAUCUGAAUAUAGUUAGAAAGCAAAUUUGAUGUCCAAAUAAUAUAUUUGACGCUACUGAUUUUUUAAUUAAAUUGAUGCACUGCACUUUUGAUAUGUUUCAAAGUUACAAACCUAUAAUUUCCUAUAAAAGGAAAUAAUUGCCAAAUAUUUAGGUCUGUCACUGAAGAUUAGUUUUGAGAUCUUAUUCUCCCUCUUCUCCCCUCACUUUUCCCUGCUUCCUCUGCAAAAAGAUUUAACAAAUACUUUCAUAAAGAAAUGUUGUAUGUUGUAACAUAAAUAUAUCAGAAAAACAUGAUUUGCGAAGGCAUUCUAUAAGCUAUUUAUAUAAAAUCAAUAAAAGUUGAUUAUGACUAUUAUUAAACUGUAUCAGUUAAGUAUUGUAACAGCACAAAGUAUUCUUUGUACAAAUUCUGUGUCAAUUUGAAAUCAGAAAUGAUAUGGAUUGUCAAAAUUGUUUUAGAAUGUCCCCAGAUGCUCAAUGUCAAGGGAAAAAGAGAGAAAGGGCUAUCACAUUCUUUUUAUGUCUCCCAUCUUUAUUAGAUUUGAGUGUUUUAGGAAGAGAUCAGUCACAAAAUGUAAUGCUUGGGAUCCAGAUGAAAAUGUUUUUUCUCUUUGAGUUACUGUUACAGCGUUAUCUGAGUUACUGUUACAGAAUUAUCUUACCUCAAUAUACCAGUGUACCAAUUAGUAAUUUGUAACUGGUAAAUGCAGCUGAGUGCUUUUCACUAAUUCUCCACCCCACUCCGUCCCCAGCACUCCACUUUGCCCCAGAAAAAGAAGGAAAUUAAGGAGAAGUAAACUUUGUUUCCUAGUAAUAAUGACAGCUCAUGUUUAUUGAGCCUUUACGUUUGACCAGGCCCUGUUUGCAAGUCCUUGAUGUGAGGAAACUGGGAGCAGUUAUGUAACUUUUCCAAGGUUAUUUCUCUCAUAGAAAGUCCAGUGUGGGUGUUUCUGGUCAGUGGGCAGCUUUCCACAGUCGUUCUGAGACCUAGGCUCCGUUCAUCUUGGGGCUCUGCCUCUCUCCCAUCUGCAAAGUCUUCAUUGAAGGAACACAUAGGUAAAGAGGGUAAAGGACACAUGGAGAAUUUUUAUGGUCUGGCCUGGAAGUGGUGCAUAUCCCUUGCCCUUGUUCCUGUGGCCCACCCUCAGUCCUAUGGCCCGUCUAGCUGGAAGAGAUUCUAGGAAGUGUGCCUAACUGUGUUCCUGGGUGGACGGGGUAACUGGUUUGUUGAACGGUUAGCCAAUUUGCCAUACCCGUAAGUUUAUUCACCUCUUUUUGAGGGUCCCAAUAAAGAUAUUAAAGAGAUGAAUGAGCUCAAAAGUGUUUCAAGUUAUCCAUGCACUGGUUGUCUCAGUGUCCUUAAUUCCAUAACUCCAUUAGUGUCUUUAAUUCCAUUAUGAGGGUUAAAGGUUCUUCCAGAUU